GAGAAAAGAUGUGUGUUAUUCUUGUAAUUAUAAGUACCAAUAAAUUUCAUACAUGUGCGGCUCCGCUAUAGAGUACCUGACAAGCCUUCCUAUGGUAUUAUAUUGAAGUCCACGCGAAAAUUAGUGUCACGGAACAUAAAUCACGCCAUAGUUCUCUUGCCCGAAGCAGGCUUGUUAGAAUACUAGGCUGCAGCUCUACCAGCAGCCCGGCAAUUUUGCUGCCUAUAUAUUGAUGUCUAUAAUAAUCCCUAUUGACACCAAAAAUUUCCUCAAGUGUAGAUUUUCGCCUAAAGCAGUGGCCAAAUUCUUGGGUUGAAGUAUCUAGCCCCUUCAAGCUAAAUUCCGUGCAUGUAGACGGCAUCACUUGUUUUCUGCGUUAUCAGUGCCACAUCCCCACCUCCCACCCCGCGUUCGCUUACAAUCAUGAGCUUCGCACAAGAACUCCUCGAUCUUGAAUUUCCAACUGGCCUAAGACUCUCUCCAGGUGCCGAGUCAGUUGUAUACUCCGCAAAAGCAAAAUGGCGAACGGCAGACCAAGGUUCGUCCAUCUGGAUCGGGAACACGGAGACGGCCAAGUCGGCACACGGCGAGUUCAUUGCCUUUCUAUCUGACCGCGGAAACCGGGGAGAUUCAUGCGCUUUGUAUACGUGCCGGCCAGAUGGCCAGGGAGAACCAAAGGCAUUGACUCCGCCAACGAAUAAGAAGACUAUCUCAAAAUUCGAGUUCAGUCCAGAUGGCAAGCAAAUCGCUUUCCUGGCUGCCGCUGAGAAGGAAGUAAAUGAUGUCGUUGACGUGUGGGAUCAGGACUGGGAUUAUGCCAACUUGCGUCUCCUCGACGUUGAAAGUGACGAGUCACAUGUGGUUGAUUUUUCAUGGAGUGAGGAUGGAAGCCAAAUCGCUUUUGUCACACAUCGUUCUCCGCAUAUCGAGAGCGAGGUUCUUCAUGGUGCCACCAUCUACACCAUCGAGAUCGCAGGAACUGGCGCGGAUGCUCGUGAAGUCUGCCAUAUUCCCCGGGAGUUGUCCGAUCUUAUUUUUGUUGGUGAGAAUCUGUACUUCAUUGCCUUCAGUACACUGGCAGACGGCGAUUCGUCACGGUCGGUUUACGCGGUCAAUUUGCUCAGCAAGGAUAAAACCGUUGCCAAAGUGGCUCACGGCGAUGAUGAUUGUGCUGCGGGACUUCGCAAAGUUGGUGGCGACAUCCUGGUCCAUGUCGAACAUGGCAUGGAGGAUCAACUACGCUUACUUAAUUCCACGGUUCUUUACAGUGCAACGAAGUGUAUCCUGAGUUUCGAUGCUAAGCCGGAUAAGGCUGGGAGGACAAGAUUGGUGUUCGCCCAGGGUAGCGUCAGUCGACCACCAGAAGUAUUUAGCGCCUCACCAGGAGGAGAUUCUGUCCAAGUAUCUAACCACGGCAAGGCGUGGACAAGGGACUGCGGAACGUGUACAUUCAUCGAGUGCCAGACGCUAGACGGCACUGAAAAGCUAGAGGGCAUGUUCCUCACGGCAGCGAAGGUGACAGCUAAAGCGCUUCCAACCGUUGUCCUCAUUCAUGGGGGUCCGUACUAUCGCGUUACAGACUCGUUCAACUUUCUAGAUCAAUUCUUCAUGCCGCGGCUUUUGCACGAAGGGUUCGCAAUCCUCGUUCCUAACUACCGCGGUAGUAGCGGUCGAGGGGAACGUUUCGCAAACUAUGCGCGGGGUGGUAUGGGCAUCUACGACGAGCCAGACAUCGUGGCCAUGACGCAGUAUGCCAUCACACAGAAUCUAGCGGACCCCUCGCGGCUCAUUGUGGCUGGCAAAUCCCAAGGAGGCUUUCUGUCUUAUCUCAUGUCGGUGCGCAACGGCACACACGGGCUGGGAUGGCGCUUCCAAGCCGCCAUCGCCUGUGCAGGAGUCACUGAUUGGGACACAAUGACCAUGACAUCCGAUAUAGGAUAUAAGGAAGCCAGCAUGGCGGGCGGGGCACCGUGGAACAUACACAAGAGUGAUAUUCGUACCCGCACAGGCUCAGCGAUAUGGGAGUUCCGUGACGCAGCGCGUGACGGACGGAUCCCGCCAAUGCUGUUGCUUCACGGCACCGACGAUGUACGUGUGCCAGUCUCACAGGCUGAAGGCUUUAGACGAGCGCUAGACGAGGUCGGAUUACCCUUUGAGUUUGCAGCCUAUCGCGGCGAGGGGCAUUUCUUUCAGAAGAGGAAGAGCGUUGAGGACUUGAUGGAAAGGAUUGUGCGGUUUGUUACCAAGUACCUUCUCUGA